UGGGGUGGGGGGGAAGGGGAACCGGGGAGCCGGUCCCUCCGGGAGGGGGCAGCCGGAGCGGCCUUCCUAAGGGAUCUCACCUCCUACCCCCGGGGCCACCCCUCCCUCCCAGGCCCGGAUCCCUCGGCGCCUCCAUUUUUGUUCCGGGCCCCGGGAGGCAGGGGCUCCGGGGUGGGCAGGAGGGGUCCGAGGGAUCCGGUAAUUGUCGCCCGCCCGCCGCCCGCCGCGGGGAGCGGGGCGCCGCGCCCCCUCCUCCCUGCGUCCCUCCUCCCGGCCCGCACCCCGGCAUCCCCUGCCACCUUCCUCGGGGUCUCCCCCCCUCCCGCCCCUUGUUGCUAAGGCCCGGACCGUCAUCCCAGCAACAGCCUCAGUCAUGUGACCGGCAAUGGCGGCGCGGACGGGAGCUCUGGCCAGCUGAAUGUGGAAGUAGAGAGACUUCUGGCACCACUCCCAUGGUCUUUUCAGGCCACACGAUCUCCAAGUAGCAGGGAAAAGGAGCAAGCCUGCAUGCCAAUUUUAAGCUCUUCCGGAUCAAAUGUCGUUCGUCCUGUCCAGAAUGGCAGCCUGCGGAGGCACCUGCAAGAACAAAGUGACCGUCUCCAAGCCUGUGUGGGACUUCCUGAGCAAGGAGACCCCAGCCCGGCUGGCCCGGCUCCGGGAGGAGCACCGAGUGUCCAUCCUCAUCGAUGGAGAGACUUCCGACAUCUACGUGCUCCAGCUUUCCCCACAGGGCCCUCCCCCGGCCCCUCCCAAUGGGCUCUACCUGGCCCGCAAGGCUCUCAAGGGGCUACUGAAAGAGGCCGAGAAAGAGCUGAAGAAAGCCCAGAGGCAGGGGGAGCUCAUGGGCUGCCUGGCUUUGGGGGGUGGUGGGGAGCACCCUGAGCUGCACCGCCCAGGUCCGCCUCCUCCUCUUCGGGCAGCCCCGCUCCUGCCCCCAGGAGCACGCGGGCUCCCCCCUCCCCCUCCCCCCCUGCCCCCUCCACUCCCUCCGCGUCUUCGGGAGGGGGCCGAGGAGCAGGAGAGCAUCUGCCCCAUCUGCCUGGGGGAGAUCCAGAACGCCAAGACGCUGGAGAAGUGCCGCCACUCCUUCUGCGAGGGCUGCAUCACGAGGGCCCUGCAGGUGAAGAAAGCCUGCCCCAUGUGUGGCCGCUUCUACGGGCAGCUGGUGGGCAACCAGCCCCAGAAUGGGCGGAUGCUGGUCUCCAAGGAUGCCACCCUCCUGCUACCCAGCUAUGAGAAGUACGGCACCAUUGUCAUCCAAUACGUCUUCCCGCCCGGUGUCCAGGGGGCUGAACACCCGAACCCCGGAGUUCGGUACCCUGGUACCACACGGGUGGCCUACCUCCCGGACUGCCCCGAGGGCAACAAGGUGCUGACCCUGUUCCGAAAGGCAUUCGACCAGCGCCUCACCUUCACCAUUGGCACGUCCAUGACCACAGGGAGACCCAACGUCAUCACUUGGAACGACAUCCACCACAAGACCAGCUGCACAGGGGGACCCCAGCUGUGCGGCUCCUCCCCAUUUCCUUCCCCCUGGCUCCUCCCCUUCCUCCCAUGUCUGCUUUGGGAGAGUCAUCUGCCCUCUCCUCUGGGAGUCUCCUUACUGGAGAAGACCACCCAUCACUUGCUCAGUCUGUUUUCAUCCUGGUCCUGAUGUGUUCAGCUUAACAAACAAAAACAAAAACAAAAAGCUGCAGACUCUGGCUUACCUUGGUUUUGGAGGUCCCUCCUCAUGGGAAGUGGGGAGGGGUCUGAAUCUGGCCUCUCCCGAGUCACUCAAAAUGAGGGUGGGUAAUAAUGAGCAAACCCCCUCAGCUAACUCUGACCCUCAUCUCUCUCUGCCCCAGGUUUGGGUAUCCGGACCCCACCUACCUGACUAGGGUGCAAGAGGAACUGAGAGCCAAGGGUAUCACAGAUGACUGAAGGCCACCCACCCCCUUUGCCAAGGCCCCUGCUGUCCUCUUCCACUAGGAUCCAACGGAAGCCUCUGUUCUCCUCUCUCUCUGCCCCCACACCACCCACACGAGGGGAUUUGUGCGACUGAGGUGGGAGUUCAGGGGGGAAGGGGACCGUCCCUUCCCCUGCCCCCCAUUGGCCAAGUGCUUCUGUGGCCUGUGAGCCACGCCCUCUGCAGCAGAGGCUGGUUCGGGGCUCCCUCCCUGCACUCCGUGUACAUACUCUAUACCCUGCUCCUCCAGCGUCCUUGGCUUUUCCUCGUAUGCACUGUCGUCCAGUGACUGGGCUGAGAAAGGACCUGGGUAGGGGGCGGAGGUCUCGAGCCCCGGCCCCUGGAUACUGUACUGUCUCACCUUGGACUGAAUUAGCUGCCACCCCCAGCCAGCUGUGUGUUAAGAUAACAGUAGUCCUACCUUAACGGAUCCUUUCUCUCCUGUGUCUGUCUGUCAGUCUGUCUUUCUCUCGCUCUUCUCUACCCCUAUAAGGAGCCUCCUCACCCUGUUCUGGAAUUGCUGCCAGACUGUAGCUUUUAAUUUAAUAAAAAUAAAGUAAAAUAUGCAACUCUA